UCAGAUUGUGUAGCGUACAUAUAAUUUUAUAAAAGUUCAUCAAUUUCGGCUUCUUGGUGGCAAAAUUCUCAAUGUAUUAACUUUUCGGCCGUACCGCGUCACGUUUCAUUCUUUUAUUAAUAAAAAUAAAAAAUCCACAAAAAAAUAUAUAAAGUAGUUCGCCUCACAAAACUACAAAUGAAAUAGCCCAGUUCUCCUCUUUCGGCUACAAAUAUUACAAGUGUAAAGAGAAAAAAAAAGAAGAAAUAUCACAAAUUCCUGCAGCAAGUGAAAUAGGCAAGUUAAGCAAUAGUAAUAAAGUAGAAAAAAGUUGUAAAAGAAACCAAGAGCGAGAAGAGAAGGCCAACAGCAGAUUCUAAAGCUGGAGCAGAGGCCAAAAAGUCGCGGACCCACCAGCUGUGUUGUCUGCAUGUCAGCGAAAAACCCACCAACCGGCGAGCAAACACAGAUCGACUAGCCACAUCUGACCAGGAUCAGGAUGCUGAGUUCGCUGGACGCCCUGGCCGGCAAAAUAGCCACUGCCACGCCCGGCACGGGGGCGGUGACGGCGGACAGCAAGAACACCCAGUCGCUGCACCACCACCACCGCCUGGACUACGACUACUCGGCGGUGGAAAUCGAGCCGCCGGCGGAGCAGCUGGCCAACUCGCCGCGCAGCGAGCGGGAACGGCUGCAGCAGGCGCAGCAGGCCUACGAGCAGCAGGCCCAGGCGGAGCUGGAGUUCGGCCUGGCCGAGGUGGACGCCAAGCUGACCCAGCUGAAGAGCAGCCACAGUCUGGGGCACCACCACAGUCACAGUCACAGUCAUAGUCACAGUCUCAGCCACAGCCACCACACCCAUCAGCCGCAGCUCUCGGCCAGCAGAACGCUGCAGCGCCAUCCGCACCACCAGCUGCACCACCACCACCACCAUCCCUACCAGCGGCCCAGACCCAUCCCCCCGCAGCAGCAGCAGCAGCAGUUGCAGUCCUCCUCCUACCAGCAGCAACUGUCCCAGCUGGCCGAUCACCAUGAGCUCCUCCAAUCGCAGCAGGAGCUGUUCCACAAACAGCUGGCCAACAUGCAGGAGUACCAGCGGGAAAGGGAGCGGGAACGGGAAAGGGAGCGGGAACGCGAGCGGGAGCGGGAACGGGAGCGGGAUCGCAGCAGCUUUAUCGAUAACAGCGACUACGACUCGCAGCAGGAGUUCAAAAUUUGCCUGAGGGAUAGUGCUUUUGGUAUGAGCGAUAAGAGCAGCAGUGCAACAAAUAGCCUGCCAAAUAGUCCAAUACACAGCAACAACAACAAUCCUUCGCUGCUGAAUAACAACAACAACGGCAGCAACAACAAUAACGGCGGCAACAACAAUCCGAGCUUGGGGAACAGCAACAAUUCGUUGGUAACCGUGGGCAGUAACGGUAUAAUGUCCGCAGCAGGAUUGAUAAACAACAACAAUAAUCCGUGCAGCGCCAACCGAAAUGUCGUAGCGAUGGUCGAUGAUGAUGCAUGCUUCCGUUUGGAUACGGAUGCCACGGUGACUUACGGCGAAAAGGAACCGGAUCCGGACAACAUCAAGAUGUUCGUGGGCCAGGUGCCCAAGUCGAUGGACGAGUCGCAACUCCGCGAAAUGUUCGAGGAAUACGGCGCGGUGCACUCGAUCAACGUGCUGAGGGACAAGGCUACCGGAAUAAGCAAGGGUUGCUGUUUUGUGACGUUUUAUACGAGACGCGCCGCCUUGAAAGCCCAGGAUGCUUUGCAUAAUGUUAAGACGCUGAAUGGGAUGUACCAUCCCAUUCAAAUGAAACCCGCCGAUAGCGAGAAUCGCAAUGAAAGAAAACUUUUUGUGGGAAUGCUAAACAAGAAGCUGAACGAGAACGACGUUCGUAAACUAUUUGAGGUCCACGGAGCCAUCGAGGAGUGCACCGUCCUUCGGGACCAGAACGGGCAGAGCAAGGGUUGUGCCUUCGUGACAUUCGCCACCAAACACGCCGCCAUCUCGGCCAUUAAAGUGACCCUCAGCCAGAACAAGAUCAUGGAGGGCUGCACAUCGCCGCUGGUCGUCAAGUUCGCCGACACGCAGAAGGAGAAGGAGCAGAAGAAGAUCCAGCAGAUUCAGGCCAACCUAUGGAACCUGGCCAGCAACAUCAACAUCCCGCUGGGCCAAACUGCCACCAGCGUGACCACGCCCAUUCUGCCCAACCCGCCGCAGCAGCCGUCGCCGGUCCUCGGCGCCGACGCCAUCACCCCGGCCUCCAUCCAACUGCUGCAGCAACUACAAGCGGUUGGGCUGCAGCAGCAGCUGCUACAAGCCCUCACAGGUCUGGGAGCCCAGCAGAGCAGCUCGGCGACGGACACGAGCGCCGUUGCGGCCGCCGGACUCCUGACCCCGAUGACCGUCCAGAAUCUGGCGGCCAUCGCGGCCAUGACGCAGCCGAGUCUCUCGAACGCCGCCGCCGCAGCAGCCGCUGCCUCAUCGCCGGGGAGUGCCCAACUGACCAACACGGCUGCCCUGCUCUGGUCCGAUCCGAAUCCAUUGGCAUCGGCAUAUAUGUCAACAGCCGCCGGUCUACCGCAAUUUGGCAGCGCCAGUGCAUUGUCCACUUCGCCGCUGGCCAGCGUCGCCCUCAGUGCCGCAGCUGCCGCCGCAGCGGGAAAGCAGAUCGAAGGACCCGAAGGCUGCAACCUAUUCAUCUACCAUCUGCCGCAGGAGUUCACCGACACGGAUCUGGCCUCCACGUUCCUGCCCUUCGGCAAUGUGAUCUCGGCCAAGGUGUUCAUCGACAAGCAGACUAGUCUGUCGAAGUGCUUCGGCUUUGUGUCGUUCGACAAUCCGGACUCGGCCCAGGUGGCCAUCAAGGCGAUGAACGGCUUCCAGGUUGGCACCAAGCGCCUCAAGGUGCAGCUGAAGAAGCCCAAGGACUCCAAGCCCUAUUAAAGGGCACUGCUGGAGGACUUCGACCAACAGCAGCAAGGUUAUCCGGACGCCGAGUAGAGGAGUACUGAGAUUUGUGAAAUAUGGAGUAGUCAAUGAAUGAAGAGUUGCCCGUGUAGAACGCGCGCGUUUCAAGAGUAAACGAUGAUGCGAAUGCCAACGUUGUACGUAUCAUGAAAAACCAAAUACAAGAGCAGAAAAAGACAUGAAAUCUGUGCCAAAAGAGACAGAAUCACUUAUGAUUUAGCACGUUAAAUGUUGAAUUGAAAAAAAAAACCAAAAACACAAAAAAAUUAAACGAAUAAUACAACUUUUAGACCUUAGUUUAGUUAACUUUCUGUUGAAGUUUCCUUCAACCCCAAUCUUUUACGACUUGUUUUCUUACUUUUACACUGUCGUACGAAUUGGUUGAUCCAUAUCUUUUUUAUUACAUAUUUUGUACACAUUUUCAUGACUCACAAACGAAACUAAAAAAUAAAAUCGAAAAAAAUAAAUACAAAGAUCUGUUCGAGUGUUAGUUUAUAAGUUUUUGAUAUAUCUCAUAAUUUUAUACUCACUCUUUAUCUGUUUGAUUUGUUCAUCUCUCAUGUUGCAAGUCACAAUGAAGUUCUUUAUUAUAAAUAUAUACCCACAUGAUAUAUAUUCUAGAUAUAGUUACAAGUUACUCGUUUUGUUCAAUGGAUUAUCUCUUUUUAUAUAUAUCUACAUUUAUGCAAAUGCGCAUAAUUAGUUUUUAGUCAUCUGAUUUGUUACUCCCAAAACUAACUUUUUUUAUUUGUACUGAAAAGAAAAUGUUUUUUGCUAACACAAUGCUAUUAUUAUUAUAAUUAGUUAAACAAACAAAUUCACAUACGCUUCUCAUUGUUAAUUAUGCGAUUUGUAAAGUACUAUGCAUAAAAAGCCAAAAAACCAAAUGAAAUUAACAAAAACUGAAAAAAUUUGUUAUUUAUGUUGAAGUCUCAUCAAUGGAGUUUAUUAUAUUAUUUUUUUAGUUUCUAUCAUUCGCUACAUCAUCCAAAUUUGCACAAAUCUGGUAUUAUAUUAUUAUAUAUUAUUCAUUUCGUUGUAAACUAUUUGUUUUAGUUGAAGUUUAUUUGGCUUUCUGUCGUCGCACAUCUUUGAAGUAGAUAAGUGCCUAAUGUAGCAUACUUUGUUUAUGUAAAAAAUAUCAUGCACAUAUGUGAACUCUUCAUACCAACAGCAUACAUAUCUAAAUAAAGUUUUGUUCUCUGUUUCAAAUGCA